CACAUGGCUACACUGCAGGUGCAUCGAUCAGUGGUACAAGAGUAUUCGAUAUUGUACUCUUCCCGGUUGAAACAAAAGAGUAAGAAUUGGCAGGAUGGUAUUCUUAAGUUUUAUCAUUUUAAUAAUCGAAUAGAUAUUCAUAAUGGAGAAGGACAUCUAAUAGCAUCUGAUUUCUUCCCACCAUCAAGAUUACCUUCUAGAAUCGAGACAGAAUACUUGAAAGAGGGGAACGAGUUCAAACUCCCCAAUGGGAACAUUCUUAUUGAAAUGGACGAAAAAUUAGAAUGUUAUGAACGAGAUGUUUCAAAUAUGUUCAAAAGGACAGACGCAACCCCGAAUCCGGAAGUAAAGAUAAAAUACGAAAACGAUACACCAAUUAAUACCAUGAGGAAAUUAAAUGAUGGGAGUAGAUUAAAGGGUACUGUUGAGAAAGAAAAUCGUUCAUUACAAGAGUUAACCAGCAGUCAAAUCAAAAGAAGACCUAUAGGAUUACAACGAAAGAAAUUACAUAGAGUGAAUGUAAAUACCCCUCCUUCACCAAUUAUAGAAAUUUCUAAUAAUAAUACCAAACAAUUAGAGAACAACUCAAUCGUUAAAGUUUCCCCGAUUGAACCAAAAAUAGAAGCGCAAGAUGAAGUUAUUCGAAUCCCCGCCAAAUCUUCAACACAUUUUAAAUACCUUUGUAAGAAUCCACUUCAACUCCCAAUGCAGGACUUUGGGAGCUGUGUAGUUGGUGGAUCAAGAUCGAUGAGUAUGGAUUUUAAAGGAGAAGACGAACCAGUAGUGGCGACACAACACGAACUUUACGAGGAUGUAAGUGACGAAGAGCCAAUUGCCGAUAAAAACACCGUCAUUACGGCAGUUGAACGGUCGACUAUUCCAUACGGAUCGGAGUUGCAAGGUAUGCGGAGUCUGCAGAUGCAAUGUACCAACCAGAAUGCCGUAAAACAAGAGGUGCUGGUGGUGAAAGAGGGUCCACUGAAACAAUGUAAAGUCAACGAAUUAAACAAUGCAGAUAUUAUUUAUGACCUCUCAGACAUGGAGGAGGAUAUGCAGUUUGCAGAAAUGGUUGGAAAUAUUACCACAUUUGCAAACCCUUGACGCAGUACCCUUUUGUGCGAUUGGCGGAUCGUGCCGAGCCUUUAUUUUUAAACUUUCCGCCUUAAAAGCUUGUAGGCGGCGUUUCACAAUUGUUGGCAAUUGGACGGUUCGUCCUUAUCUCAUAUCAUUUGCUCACUCUUCAACGAAUAUGAUGGUGUUUGUGCGAAGCCCUGGGGAAUUUAUUUUCCUGGAUUACGAACUCAAAUUCUGGGUUCGUGAUGUUCUUCAAUCUGACCCAAACCUUAUUUCCAAUAAUUUCCCCUUUUCACAAUGAAGCCUCGGUUGCUUUCAUGUACUACGAGAUCGACUCAUCGCACGAUUUUUUUUUUAAAGUUUACUCGUGCCUAGGAGUUGCAGCUUGUCUACAUAUAUGUGACCAUGUUGCUUUCAAUCUAUAUAUAGGAUGUCUACAUUGAGAAGGUUUAAUUUGCACCUCGGUACACCUAGAUUCACGUUACAUUUAUUUUUUGAUAGGAAUUUAAACUAUGAAUUGUGAGUUAUUUUUUUGUGGCAGCCUGUUCACGAUACACCAUGAUUGGCACAGCAUUUGACGUGAAGAUUUUGAUUACCGGGAACGAAGAAAGAAGCCCAUUCAAGGCAGCCAAGGCAGGACGAUUGGACUCACGAGCAAGAAAUGCUUGAGCUGGGAGUUCUGUGUAGUCGGUAGAAUUGGAAGACAUUUGAUUGGGAGGAAGAGAGUAAGAGAAAAGUUUAAGUGAUAAAUGACUACAUGCUCACUCUUUAUACAAUUUGUGUUGAACACAAAUGGUAAAGUACAAAGAGGGGAGAUAGUACAAGAAGAAUAAAAUGAUGGUAGAAGAAGUACAAGUAGAUAAAUAUAAUUGGCAAUCAGCUUUUGAUAAAUCAUAUAACUUUCUAAACUAUCC